AUGCCAUCCACCCGCCCCAUAGAGUAUCCCCUCGCACAGAGUACUGACCACGACGCAUUCACCCCUCUCCCCAUCACCCCCUCCUCUCCCUGCCCUCCCCCUGCUCUCGCGCACGAGCAGAAAAAAGCCGCCCUCGCAGCCCAAUCCGCCGAAGCCAUCCACCUCCGUGCCCACGUCCUCGACGCCGUCCGUUCCAGGGCCGACCAUAUCCCUGAGGGCGGCUCGGGGAAAUUGGAGGGGAAAGUGGGGGCUAUUACGGGUGUUGGGCCUGAGAGUGGUAUUGGCACGGCUGCUGCAAAGCUCUUUGCUCGUGAAGGCGCCGCACACAUCUACCUAAUCGACUACACCUCCACCCCCAUCCCCUCCCUCCUCUCCUCCCUAACGACCACCUACCCUCGCACCAAAUUUACAUUCCUCCAAGCCGACGCCGCCGACCCCACCGCCAUCUCUUCUUUAAUCAACCAAGCUCUGUCCGAGGAAGGCCGGUUCGACUUUUUCUUUGCGAAUGCUGGCGUGUCGCAGAUUGCAAAGUUUGAGGCGGGGAAGAAUGGGAGUUUGAUGAGUUUUAUCAGGCCGGUGGAAGCUGUGGAGGAGGCAGAGUUUGACGAGGUUAUGCGGAUUAAUGCGCUGGGAGCGUUUGUAGCGAUCAAGUAUGCUGCGGGCGCCAUGUCCAAGCUUUGUCCUGAAAAAGGCAAGACCAUCCCUGGCGGGUCUAUCGUCCUCACCGCUUCCGUGGCAGGGCUCAAAGCCAACGCAGGCCCCAUCCCAUACUCUGCCGCCAAAGCCGCCGUCAUCUCCAUGGCCCAGACCUCUGCUUUCGCUUUUACGGGCUUGAAUAUACGGGUGAAUGCUGUCUGUCCUGGGUUGAUUGAGACGAAUAUGACCAAAAGCCUAUUCGAACUAGCCAAAGCCAACCAAACCACCAACAGGAUCGGCGUGCUCAACCCGACCUUGCGCCAGGGGCUUGGGUUUGAAGUGGCGCAUACGGCGUUGUUUCUCGUUUCUGACGACUCGUCGUACGUGAACGGCCAAGCCAUCCCCGUCGACGGCGGGCUUAGCGCCGGUGUGCCGUAUGUCCGGAACAAGAUCUAA